AAUGGAACUUCAAGUUCUAAUAUUCUUCAUCUUCGUCACCUUCACCACCACUUUCCUCCUAUUCUCUUUAUCACUCUUCAUCAUUCAUCUCAACCCAUGUUGCAACUGUGACACAUGCACCACCUUCAUCACAAGAUCCUGGACAACUUCGUUCGUUAAUCUUUCCGAUUGGUACACACACCUCAUUCGCAACUCACCCACCGGAACAAUCCACGUUCAUGUACUCAACAAUAUCAUUACCGCGAACCCGGAUAAUGUAGAGUUCAUGAUCAAGACUAAUUUCGAAAACUACCCGAAAGGCAAACCCUUUUCGGACAUCCUCGGAGAUCUUCUCGGCCGAGGUAUAUUCAACGUAGACGGUCGUUGUUGGAUGUUUCAGAGAAAACUUGCUAGUUUGGAACUUGGUAGUUUGUCCAUAAGAUCACAUGCUUUAAAUGUGGUGUUGAAGGAGAUAGAUUCUAGAUUAGUUCCGUAUUUUUCGGCUGUUGCCGAUAACAACAACGACGCCGUUUUGGAUUUGCAAGAUGUUUUUAGAAGGUUUUCUUUUGAUGUUAUAUGUAAAUUCUCAUUCGGGUUCGAUCCGGGUAGUUUAGAGCCAUUGUUACCCGUUUUUGAGCUCGAAUCGGCUUUCGAUGAGUGCUCGAGGCUUUGCGCCGAGCGCGCGAUGGCUCCGUCACCGUUGGUGUGGAAAAUCAAGAGGUUUUUUAACGUGGGGAGUGAGAAGAAACUUAAAUCAGCCAUUAGCAUUGUGAAAAGGACCGCGGAUCAAGUGAUCAAGAAACGAAGAGAAACGGGUUCGGAUUCGGGUAGUGAUCUGCUUUCGAGGUUUAUGGGCUCGAUUAGUGAUGAUGAUUACUUAAGAGACAUUGUAAUUAGCUUUCUUUUAGCCGGUAGAGACACCGUGGCAUCCGGGUUGACCUGUUUUUUCUUGUUACUUUCACAAAACCCUAAAGUUUUGAACAAGAUCCGUGAGGAAUCGGAUCGGGUUAUCGGCCCGACCCGCGAAGCAGUAGCCGGGCUUGGAGAGUUAAAGCAUUUGCAUUACUUGCAUGCAGCAUUGCACGAAAGCAUGAGGCUUUACCCGCCUGUUCAAUUCGAUUCGAAAUUCGCAAAACAUGACGAUGUUUUGCCUGAUGGGACUUUUGUGAAACGAGGGAGUCGGGUCACGUACCACCCGUAUGCAAUGGGUCGAAUGGAGCGGAUAUGGGGGGCGGAUUCGUUGGAGUUUAAACCGGAAAGAUGGAUCCGAGAUGGGGAGUUUAAGCAAGAGAGGGCGUAUAAGUAUCCGGUGUAUCAAGGGGGUGUUAGGGUUUGUUUAGGGAAGGAGAUGUCAUUGGUGGAAAUGGCAAGUGUUGCAUUGUGCUUGAUUAGGAGGUUUGAUGUGAGUGUGGUGAACCAUAGCCAGUUACGUUUCGCACCGGGACUUACCGCCACCGUGAGUGGCGGAGUGCAUGCGACGGUUCGGCGAAGAGACCUGUCGCAAUGACGUAUUCUUUUGUUUGUUUAGGCGGUUGAGGGUUUAGCAUUGUGAGAUGGUUUAUGAGAGUAUAAGUGUUUCUAGAUAGCGGGUUAGUGAUAGGAGCAAACUUAUCCUAAUUUAAUUAGUUAAAGUUA